AUGGCCGCCACCAUGGCCGGCGUCUCUAUGCCGGCCACGGUCACGCCACUGGCGCCCCAAGUAGACGCGGUGGCGCCGGUGCCACGGUGGUGGGAGGACGCGGCGAUCUCAUUGGGGCUGGUGGCCGUGCAGCUCGCCGGCGCGGCGUACAUGGUGGUGCUGACGCCCAUCCUGGCGCUCGGCCUCGACCCGCUCUUCCUCGUCACCUUCGGCAGUCUCUUCACCGGUCUCUUCACCCUCCCUUUCGCCGUCAACCUCGAGAGGAACAAAUGGCCGUCGGAGCUGAGCAACCGGCUGGUCCUUCAGUUCGUCUUGCUAUCUCUGGGAGGGGUGACUGUGUUCCAAGCUCUGAUGCUGCACGGCAUGAAGAAGACAUCCCCAGCCAUCGCAUCCGCGAUGCCGAACCUCGCUCCCGGACUCAUCUUCGUCGUCGCUGGCUGCCUCAGGUUUGAGAGGGUUGAUAUCAAAUGCCAGUACACGAGAGCCAAGAUACUGGGGACCCUUCUCUGCCUUGGGGGAGCCAUCACCAUGAGCAUCCUGCAGAGCCCCACCGCUCCACCAGGUCGAAGACCGCCGGACCUUGCAGCAGCAAAGUCACACCAGGACUGGGUGAUCGGCUGCGUGUGCCUCCUGGGUGCGGUGCUCAUGCUCUCAGGCACAAUAAUCUUGCAGGCGGCAACCAUGAUCCAUUUCCCAGCACCGUUUACACUCUGCUCCGUGACGUCGCUGAUAGGGGCCGUGAUGACUGGGUUGUUCCAGGUCGCCACCGCAGGGAGGCUCAGUCCUGGGACACCUCAGAUCAGCACCGAAAUAAUCCUCUCCCUUGUGUUUGUGGGCGGGCUGGUGAGCUCGGUGUGCAUCAUGUUCCAGACAUGGGCGCUGGAGAAGAAGGGGCCUGUGGUUGUCUCACUGUUUAGCCCGACACAGACCGUUGGUACGGCAAUAUUCUCGGCGCUGUUCUUGGGUCGGGAGGUGCAACCAGCAAGCAUGCUAGGGAUGGUAUUUCUUUUCUCCGGUCUUUACUUAGUCCUGUGGGCAAAGAAGAAAGAAGGCCAAGUUCUUCCUGCAGACAGGGUGGUGGCAUAUGGAACAGAAGACGAUGUAGAGAAACCAUUGCUGCUUCCACAUUAG